AUGGGUGGCGAUCUCAACUUGAAGAAGAGUUUCCACCCUUCCCUCAUCAAGAACCAGGCCAAGGUCUGGGAGGAGGAACGCAAAGCCCUCGAUGAGCGCAAGAAGACCCAGCAGCGAAUCAACGAGCUUAAGGAGGAGCGUGAGCGCGAAGAACUUCAGAAGAAGCUAGAGGCUGCAGGACAUACCAAACGGGUCGACCGCGUCGAGUUUCUUUACAGCGGACCUACCGAUGGACAGACCGGCACUACAGAGGAGCGCGAGAGCUACCUCCUUGGCAAGCGCCGCAUCGAUAACUUGCUCAAGGGAACGGAACACAAGAGCUUGGAAAAGCAAGCUGGUCAGGAAAGUUUCAUGGCCCUGCAGACGGCCAACACAGCACGUGACACAGCAGCGAAAGUUCGAGAAGACCCCUUGCUCGCCAUCAAAAGACAGGAGCAGGCCGCCUACGAGGCCAUGAUGAACGAUCCCAUCAAGCGCCGGCAAUUGCUUGCAUCCAUGGGCAUGGCAGAUGACAAGUCAAAGUCGAAAAGAAAGGAGGAGAGGCACAAGAGGAGGCAUCACAGACACCGGAACGAGGACGAUGAUCGGGAAAGGCACCGAAAGAGACGGCGAUCCUACUCCAGAUCGAGGAGCCCGCACCGGCGGAGAGAUGACCCUGACGAGGCAGAACGCUCCCAGAGGCGGCGGCGACCCAGCGAUCCUGAAGACAGACAUAGCCACCAGCGCAGACGUGCUUCAAGAUCCAGGUCCCCUCGGAGACGCCACUCCGGUGAGAAAGACGACUACGUCAUACGCGACCGACGCGACAGGUGCGACGACCGCGAACGGCGGCGCCGAGAUUCAAUUUCCGAGGAUGAUCGGCCCGUCAAGCCACGAGAGAGAUCACCUCGAAGCUACGACAGGCGCGGCGAUCGAAACGGAGAUGCUGCAGUCUCCCGGGGUCGCAGGAACAACGACAAUCAUCGACAAGGGUAUGACAGACGGCCUGCUGCUCGUACUGAUGGAGUCGAUGGUAGGAAAGAGGUCGAAGACAAGGACGCUGAGGAGGAAAGGGCUCGCAAGUUGGCGGCUAUGCAGACCGCCGCUUCAGACCUCGACACGGACCGGGAGCGCCGGCUGGCAGCACUCGAGGCACGGGAAAGUGCCGCGCAACAAGCCGACGACCAGGCAAGAGAACGGUCAUCCAAGUUUGGGGACAGGGAGUUUGUGAAUGGCCUGCAUCGGAAGGCCGGCAACAUGAGUCUAGGAGAGAGAAUGGGCCGAGGUAGGCAGGGCCUGCAGAAAGAUGAUGACUGA